AUGUCUCUGACUGCUCAACUUGAGACAGUCAAUAUCACAGAACUCCGCAAGUUUUCCCGUGGCGCGUCUCAGAAGGUUGCUCAGGCAGCCAAAGAACAGGGGAUUUUCUAUCUCGACCUUACUGAUGACAAUUUGUCUUCGAAUGGGAAUAUUGAGGGGGUAGCUGCUCUUUCUGAGGAAAUAUUCCAGCUGCCCUUCACAGAAAAAAUGCAGUUUGACGUGGAUAAAUUAGGAGAGUGGAAAAUCAAUGGAUACAAGCCCGUCGGUCGAAACGUAGGCGGUCUGCCUGGUCAACGUGACGGCUUCGAGAGUUAUGGGGGUUGUUUCCAAAGCCUAAACUACUUGAUAAGCACCUAG